CCACCAUACCCUUAUUAUUAUACUCCUCCCAUGUGUCUUUUCAACAUUUUCGGUUUCAUAAAUGAAGAAUUUAUGUAAGUAUAGUAUUUACACUUUGGAAUUUUCAUUUUAUUGUAGCAUGGGUGGGGUCCUGUCUGGACAAAGCAAUCAGUGCCUGCCAUUGUUGAAAACGGAACAGAAGCAUAUUACUACUCCCUACUACGUUCUGUUCUGCAUCUCUCUCUAUAACCAUAUAUUGUUCCUCCGUGCCUUCAAGUCGCGUUUAUUAGGGUUUUUCUUCUUUUCAGUUGAAGCUGCUGCGUCAAUGUACCAUUCUCUCUUCACCUUUGCUUCCACUUGCAGCUAUGCUUCCGUUUCCGAUCGCACCGUGUUUGCUUCAUUUUAAUGUUACCUCAUUGAACCAAUACGUAUGCAUAUGUACAACACUCUCUCUCUCUCUCUGCAGGGUUUCAAAUGGCAUAUAGCUGGUAAAAAGAGUGGAUGUACCAUUCAGACUUCAAUUUUGAUUUGACCAAAGAAUGGUUUGGAUGCUGGGCUCUCUUUCCUUGAAUUGUGAUCUUAUGGUGUCUGAUACACAAUACGUGAAAUGAACUAGUGUGUAGUGACUUGAUAACUGAGAAUCAACGUUUAUGUGUUACCUCUACUAUGAGAAAGUCAAGUUAGCUGAGCAGUUUGUCUUGUAAUGGGUUCAUUCUCUGGCACUUGUGAAAUAGUUGAAGCAAGGGAGGAAGAGCUAAAUACAAGGAAAGCUCCUGGGGUUUAUCAGUCCAGUUCUGAGUGUAGCACGUCUGAGAAAAAUCAGAAAUUUUCGGUGCUGAAAUUGGGAUACAAGGAUGAUCUAGAUGAUGAUAUCAACAAGCUUUUUGAAUCAAUUGCUCUUAAAUCUUCAUCAAGGGAUUUGAGCCUUUUCCAAGAUGGUACAAGUCCUAGGCUGAAAAGUGCAUUAAAAAAACCAAUUACAAUGGGUAUUCCACGGUCCCCAAGAGUUGGGACUUCUGAGCCCGCUAAUUUGAAGCAAGCAUUAAGAGACCUUUGUAUAUCUAAAGCAUCCGAAAUGGCUGCUAUGAAACGAUUAUCAAAGUCAACAACAGCUUCUCCAAGAUUAUCUGAAGUUGGGAAGAUACAGACAUUGUACAAUUCAGUUGUAGCUGAAACCAGUCGAUCUGGGUCUUCCUUUGUUGAGAGCAAUGGGCGUCAAAUUGAAAUAUCUCUAGUGCCAGAAAAAGGCAAAUCCCUUUCCUUGGAGAAAACCUCUCAAUCUUCCCAAAUUGCAUUGUUGAGCCGAAACAUUCAUUCUUCUCGGGAAAUUGCUGUUGCAACUACUAAAUAUGAUGCUGGGACUUCAUUGAUACAAAGUGAUUUGGCAGGCUCGUCAAGUAAAGUUGGGAUUCAAUCACAACGAGUGGUACCUGUUGAAACAGAAGAACAAGCAUCUGCCUCUUCUCCCUCUCUUUAUAAUACAUCUGGAUGCAAAUCAGAGGUGCCCAAAAAUGCUUCUUCCCCUAAAAAGUUGGGAAAUAAAACAUCUGUAUCAAAUACUGGGAAGAAAGGUAGGUUGCAAACAGUAUCUUCAUCUAAUGCUGUAAAUGGCAACAGAGUUAACAAACCGCCACGCCAUGCCCCCUGGACUGUUAAAUCGGUCAUCAAGAACAAGAAUCUGAGUAAGAAGAAACAAAAGGAGGAUUCAUGCUCUACUUUAUGUGGUCCUACGCCCAAUGAAGUUAAUAAGCCUGUUCCUGGUACACCUCGGCUAAUUUGUGAGAGAUGUAGGUGUGCUUUGGAAAAUACUAGUGAAGAAAAAAACCAAGAUAUUGUGGCAUUAGACUCUACCAGUCCUGAAAACGGAGUAAACUUGAGUAAUGUGCACUCUGGUUCAAAUAAACCUGGUUUGGUGUCAAGUAGUGUUAAUAAAAGCAAAACAGUUGCAAAAGUGAAGAACACCAAGUUGAAAGAGCAAAUUGAAUUUUCACAAAGUUCAAAGAGUAGUCAAGGUGAGUACAGCAGUAGUACAAGUACUAGUGAUGAGAGCAAUGUGAGUGGUUCAAGUCGUAGCACUAGGCCUCACAUGUCAAAGGAUGUCAGGUGGGCAGCCAUACGACAUGCUCAAGUGCAGCAUGGAGUCUUGGGCUUGAGACACUUCAAUCUUUUAAAGAAACUUGGUUGUGGAGACAUUGGCACUGUAUAUCUUGCGGAACUAAUUGGCACUAGCUGCUUGUUUGCUAUUAAGGUCAUGGACAAUGAAUUUUUAGAAAGAAGAAAGAAGAUGCCUAGGGCUCAAACUGAAAGAGAAAUAUUAAGGAUCCUGGAUCAUCCUUUUCUUCCCACAAUGUAUGCACAAUUUACAUCAGAUAAUCUAUCGUGUCUGGUCAUGGAGUAUUGUCCAGGUGGAGAUCUUCAUGUUCUACGGCAGAAGCAGCUUGGUAGAUAUUUCUCGGAGCCAGCAGCAAGGUUUUAUGUUGCUGAAGUUCUCCUUGCUUUGGAGUACUUGCACAUGCUUGGAGUUGUUUACCGUGAUUUGAAACCCGAAAACAUUCUUGUUCGGGAAGAUGGCCACAUUAUGCUCACAGAUUUUGAUCUGUCCCUGAGGUGUGCUGUUAACCCAAUGCUUCUGAAAUCAUCUGAUGUUGACCCUGCAAAAAUCUCUGGUUUAAGUGCACAAGCAAGUUGCAUUGAGCCAUUCUGCAUUGAACCAUCUUGUCAAGUUCCAUGCUUCAGCCCAAGAUUGCUACCCACCGCUGCAAAAGCAAGGAAACUAAAAGUUGAUCUUGCAGCCCAGGUCAGAUCAUUGCCACAGCUUGUGGCCGAGCCCACAGAUGCAAGAUCAAACUCAUUUGUUGGCACACAUGAAUACUUGGCUCCUGAGAUCAUCAAAGAAGAGGGACAUGGAGCUGCAGUUGACUGGUGGACAUUUGGAGUUUUUCUCUACGAACUUUUGUACGGCAGAACACCCUUUAAAGGUUCAAACAAUGAAGAAACAUUGGCCAACGUAGUGUUGCUGGGUCUUCGAUUCCCCGAGCACCCAAAUGUUAGUUUCCAAGCAAAGGAUCUGAUAAGAGGGUUGUUGGUUAAAGAGCCUGAAAACCGUUUGGGUUCAGAGAAAGGGGCUGCCGAGAUUAAACAGCAUCCCUUCUUCGAGGGCCUUAACUGGGCCUUAAUUCGCUGCGCUAUGCCUCCAGAACUUCCAGACUUCUAUGAUUUUGGAGUUUCAGACAUGAUGAACUCGCAGUGCAAGGGUGCUAAGUACUUAGAGUGUAAAGUAGGAGAGCAUGUAGAAUUCGAGUUGUUUUGA